AUGCAAACAAUACUUUUCUUCGUGUCUCUGAUUACGAUCUUCGAGAUCGUUAAGGCCGAUGAUCCACUACGACCUCAAUAUCAUUUGAUGCCUGAAAAAAAUUGGCUUAAUGAUCCCAAUGGACCUGUAUAUUUUAAUGGUUAUUAUCACAUGUUUUUUCAAUAUAAUCCAAAUGGCGCAGUCUGGGGUGAUAUGCAUUGGGGCCAUUGUUACAGUAAAGAUAUGGUCCAUUGGAUUCAUUUACCUGUUGCUCUGGCGCCUGAUCAGUCAUAUGAUAUUAAUGGAAUCUUUACUGGUAGUACAACUAUUGUCAAUGGUAUUCCAACCAUUAUCUAUACUGGAAUAACGAAUACAAGUCAGCAAGUACAGUGUCAAGCUCAACCGGUUGAUAUUACGGAUCCGACAUUGACCAAAUGGAAGAAAUCACCAUUGAAUCCUUUGAUUACAGCUCCCAACGGCCGUGAUCCUUCAACGGCGUUUCAAGAUGACGAAAAUAACUAUUACUUAAUCUAUGGUUAUGGUACUGAAGAAGAAGGUGGACAAGCAGUUUUGUUUACAUCAAAAGAUUUUCUCAAAUGGACAUAUCUACAUCCACUUCAUAGCAAUCAUUAUGACCGUUUUUGGGAAUGUCCGGACAUAUUCGGUGUUUCGAACCGAAUUGUCUUGAAAGCUUCAUUACUCGGCCGUGAUUUCUGGACACUGGGUGAUAUCGAUCCAGCAAAGUUAAUUUUCAUUCCAGACAAUCAUGAUCUGGGUGAGUAUAUUCAAUUGAUUGAUCACGGAAGAUUCUACGCAUCGAAAACAUUCUAUGAUCCUGUCAAUGACCAACAAGUCAUCAUGGGUUGGACAUCAGAAGAAGAUAAUUUAGGUCCAAAACGUGGCUGGCAAGGUUGUCAUACAUUACCACGCGCGAUCUUUCUAUCUGAUGAUGGGCUGCAAUUACUUUCGCGUCCGAUCGACGCAUUGAAAACUUUACGCGAUGAUCAAAGUCAUCAACACUUUCAUAGCGUCGUUUUGCCGCCAACAACACCAUUCGAAUUGAUCCCCGAGGUACACGGAAAUCAAAUUGAAAUUGUUAUCAAUUGGCAAUUUCCCAUGCAUGAAAAUUUAGAUUUUGGUCUAAUUGUUUUGUCGACGCCUGAUGGCAGUCAACGAACGAGUAUCGGUAUUGCUUCAAGAGAUAACACAAGUGUUAUGCUCAACUGGGAUCUGCCAGCAUGGGAUUAUCUGAGUGUGCCUAGCAUAAUCGAAUGGUCUGAAUGUGAAACUGCUUGUAAUCGGGAUACGAAAUGCCAAGCAUGGACAUUUGUUAAAGAUCGACAAGUGAAUAACAAUUGUUUCCUGAAAUCCGGAGUUCCAUUUCCUAGUCCAAAUUCUGUAUGUGUAUCGGGUGUUAAACAACAAGGUGAUGAUAAGCAGAUUCUGUGGGUUUAUAUGAACCGAAUUCUAUCGCAAAAGAAUCCCGAUGCUGCACAUGACAUCAUUCACGCACCGUUGUGGGUGGAAACCACAACAACAAACGCUCAUUGGUUUCUUCAGUUAGAUAUUUUUGUUGAUCAUUCCAUUAUCGAAGUAUUCGAACCUCAAGGCGGUCGAUUCGCUCUCACCGGUCAUGUGUAUCCCGAGGAUGGAACUGCUGAUAACUUAGCAGUCUACAUCAACGAAGGUCCGGCGGAUGAUGAUGACAGUAUUGUUAUUGAUACACUCGAUAUCUGGAAAUUGAAUACAAUAUGGACGUAG